AUACCUUACCUCUGUCACUAGUGUUAGAACGUAUAGGCAGUGGAAGCCACCUUAUGUCGCUCUUCAUACUUUCCUGCGGUCCCCUACGUUCGAGCAAGGAAAACUUAAAGUGUUAACUUACACGUAUUCGUCCCCACCCACUCCUAAUCAAUGCAUAUGCUCUGGGUCGCAAUGUUUACUGUCAAUUUCAACACAUUUCACCAAGCAAAGGUGGAGGGUACUGUCUCAGCAGUUAAUUUUAAAUCUGUUUAAGUACCAUUUGUAAUUUUAAUACAGAUUACUCAAAUUAACCUAACUUUUUUAUUUAGCAGUUUGAAUGGGUAUCAUAAAAAUACAUUGUUAUUUUAAAAUUAAGUGUGUUUUACAAUAUUGGAAUGCAUGUUAAUACCUAUACAAAUCCACGUCCAGUUUCUCCAGAUUUAAUACACUCGUCACUAAAACACUCCGGAGGUCACCGUCAUUUAUCACUUCCUUUUCUAUAACCUCCGUUUUCGCUUUAAAGAUCGAAGACGACAUUUUUUUUUUUGUCUAAGCACAUGCUUGGUCACCUGACAUCGUGCGAGUAUAAAUGUUUAGUCGGAAUUUGUAUUACGCGCUUCCUUAUUGUGUUGAGUAUCCAAUGAGAGUAGUAAGCGUUGUAGGAAAUGUUCAUUGGCUUAAAAUGCAUACAGAAAACACUUGUUUGCAACGUAAAUCUUGUGUAAAUAUGUUAUUAAAGGAACUGUUUUUUCUUUUGUGCUUAGUACAGUUAUAACAGCGUGAUUUUAUCGAGAUGGGUGGGCACGAACUGAAAAAUACAAAUUAAAGGAACGUUCUGUCAGUUUCUUAAGUUGGCUAAAACGAAUUGGUAGCUGCAGUUGUCUGUUACAGUUCUACGUUUCAUUGGCUGAGAAUAGCUGUAGGCGGGACACGUUUUACACAUAUAAUGGAUUUUCUGUCUCCCUUUUCCUUCUUCCUUGGUUAUGCUUUGUAAGGCAAGAAAUUAUAAGAGUACUUUAUUUAUAAUUUACUGAUUUUUUUUGCAAAUUAUUUGCUCAUAGGCAGUUGCAUGUAGCAUUUUAAGAGCUUUUCAGUAUGUCUCUAAGAAGUCAGAUAGGAUCUGCAGACAACAUUUGUUUUGUUAUGUUCCCUGAAAUGACAUAAAAAGAGCUGUGCUUUAGAGGGCUUGUUGGCCAGGCAUAUGCAUUGUUGAUGGUGAACUAACAACUAGAUGACUGAAACUGUAACCAGAUAAUUACAUGGCUUCUGGAAGAUUCAAGUUAACAGAGAUUCAGUGGUUUUGAAUCUUAUGCUACCCUGUGCUAGUUUAAGAACUGCUAACUUCUGAAAGUUGGACAUCCAUAUUUAAUGGUGUGGUCAGCAUGGCUAACCCACUUUGCUUUGAAAACUAUGAUAACUUUUUGGCCUGGCUUAAGCAGCAUAACAGGAGCACUGGCAGCAAUUAUACCAACAUCCAAAGCUCUUCGGUGAGAGUGUUCAACCAGAAGAAUGGAACAGAUAUUCGGCUGGAUGUCAAGUUUAUAGAAGCAAAGUAUGAGUGCAGAUACAAAAUUAAGAUUACAAAGAGCAGUAGAAAAAAGAAAAGCACUUCAAAUUGCCCUGCAUACUUUCUUCUUCAGUACAACCAGAAGGUGGAUCAACUAAUGAUAACCGAAAUGAACAGCAGUCACAGGCAUGACAACAAACGCAAAUAUAAAAUGCAUGAAUUUGAUGGAAAACAGUUUAGCACCUUAAAAUCUUCAUCAGUGACCACUAGAAAGAUUGUUCCAAAACCACAAUCUCCUGGUGCAGAAACAACAAAAUUGUUAUAUUGUAACUCUGUUUCACUCUGUAAUCCAGCAGUUAAAGUGGAUUCAGUGAAAGAGGCUAUCGUAACAUUAAGAAGUGCGUCUGCACCCACCCCAGGUGUAGCCGGCAGCAUUAGUGUUCUAGCUGAGAAGUUAAAACACGCUCCGUCCAGUUCUUCUUUAGGUCAAGUCGCAGAGGUGAUUAAGGAGUUCUUGAAAGCAGACCAAGGUUCAAUGGCCUGUAUCAGUGUUGGUAGCAGUCAGGACUUGGAAAGGGUGAGUUUCCAGACCAGCAGGAUGAAGAAUUUAUUUGAAAUGUUCCCCGAAAGCUUACUGCUACAGCGAGCACAGAAUGCAAAGGGCAAUGUGCUUUAUACUUUCAUUAUUGAAAAUAAAGAAAGGGUAGGUAAAGUUGUGCAUUUUGCGGUUUUAAAUGAUGAAACAGCAGAAAAGCUAGCUAAAGCUCUGAAACUUUUUAAAAACUUUAACCCAAAAUGGUCAAAAACUAAGGUUUUGUUUGUUGAGAGCUCUUUUGUGCACCUUAAUGUUCUGCAGGAUGAAUUCCCUGCUAGUCAGAUUCUGCUGUCCAUGUACCAUACAGUCAGACUUGUAGAAACCACAGUAAAACAAACAAAAGCUAGAGUUCCUUCUACUGUGUCGUCUGCAUUGAUUAAGGCUGUGUUUUCAAGUUCUCCUGCAAACUUAAGCAACCUGGCCACUGAGCUGAAGGAUGUACUUGAGCAGGAAUUUUAUGAUUAUUUACAGCAAAACUGGCUGUCAUGUGAAAUCCUGUGGUAUAUGCAUGUUAAAAAAGGUUCUCAUGCUUGUCAAGACUACAUGGAUAGUCUUGAUUUUAUCAAUCGAAAAAUAAAGAACCUCUGUGAUGAAGAACAUCUUACCUUGGAAAACCUCAUACUCAUGCUAGUGAAGGAUGCUGAUUUGUUUAACACCAAGUACUUCUCAAAAUUAGACAUCGGUAUUUCUGCUGACAGCAACAGAAGACAAGAGGAGCUUGGUAAACGGACCACAUCUAGAAGGUGCAGAAAAACAGAGUCUGAAUCAUUAGUAAGAACUGUAUACCCUGCUUUACCACAAGCCUCCUUGAAUCCAAAAUUUAAGGAGACACUGAUGGUAGAUAAGGGGCUUCCUCUGGCAGACUGCUCCACUGAAGCCUGUGAUGAGAUGGAGCUUGCCUUAUGGAACAGCUGCACAGAGCUAGGAGCAAGACUUUGCACAAAUGAGUGGAAGUUAACUCUUAUGUCUCAACAACUGAUCCACAAGACUAAUGAGGGCAUCAGUGUUCAACUGCUGGAAAAUACAUACCAAGUUGAUAAGGACCUAAAAUGUUGCAGCUGUCACUACAAUUCUAAAUACAAGUUGCCAUGCAGACAUAUUUUAUCUGCGCUGCAUGCAAACAAAAAAUGCAUUGGGGAAGAAUUUGUGUGUAGGUGGUGGCAAAAGAAGUAUCAAAACCUAAGGCUUCCUGUAACUCAAAGCAGCAGCCAUCUUGACACUCCUGAGACUGUUUCAGCCAGCAGCAGGACAGCAAGUGAGAGAAAAGAGAUGGUGAAGUCUCUGACAGAGGAGCUCACCAACCUGAUUGUAAACAGUGAUGAUGCUGAACUGGAAGAAAGAUAUUCGACUCUUAGAAUGAUAGCUGAUAUUUGGACUAAGCCUUCUGAUCAAGUAGAAAGUGACAGUGCCUGUAAGGCACCAUCUCAGAAUGACUAUGCUGGUCCUUUCAUUUCUGUAAAAACAGAAGAACCGGCGUUUUGCAUAGAAACUGUAAAACAGGAAUGGGAAUCAUUUGACUACUGUUCAUAAAAUGACUUUUUGCAGAUGACAUGAGUGAGGUGCACCAGAUGGGGUCUCGUAUGUCAUUUUAUACUCCACUUAAGAAUUGCACAUGGUUGCACAGACCUGAAGAGAAAGCUCAAAGAAACAUGUAUUUCAUAUGCAGUUAUGCAGUUUCAGCUGUGCUUGGCUUCACACUUUUCAUCUGAACUUUAUGCAUAGUUUGUAGAUGAGAUUUUAUCUGCUAGCCAGCUGCUUUGAUGUCCCAUUUAUGUUAGACAUCAUAAUUUUGUUUCUGCAUUUUAUUUUCCACCUGGGUUCAUGUAUUGUAAUGUUUGAUACAGAUUAGCAAAAAUGAAGAACACUUAAACCUUAUUUUUUUUAUGUUUGUUUGGUUAGGGUUCUUUACAUUUUUUUCUGGUUAUAGACCCAUUUAUGUUUUACCAAUGCUAUUUAAUACUUGUAAUUUCUUUGUAUUGUAUUUUGUGUGUUUUUUUUUUGCUAUUUUUUGACUUUGAGUUCUGUAUAAAUCUUUGCUCCUGUUAGCAAGAUUUUGUUAAACAAUUUUUCCACCAGCUCCUGAACCAGACACUGUGAUAGUUAGCCAGCCCUACAACUUGCGUAAUAUUUUAAAAUGGUACUGUAUUUGGAUGUAGUUAUUUCCUGUGGCUGUCUUUCUCUGUGAUGUCAAGGUGUCUUACAAUAGUCUCUUUGGUCACUAAUGUCCUUUUAUACACUGCAGUAAGGUGGGUAGUCUUACAGAAAAACUUCUGUAUGUCCAAGAAAAAGAGCAGGCCGCAACACAUGUUUAGUUCAGUAAGCAUGGUUCAACAGUUUUUUAACCUAGUUCUCAAAUGAUGAACAUAGAAAUGGGUUGAUGCUGUUUAAAGUGAAUUUCUGAAUAUUUGAGCUUAUUUUUAGGAUACCAUUGUGAACUUGUGUGGCCCCCAGUUCUUUUUACUACAGUAUAUGGUACAAAUGGAGAUUUAUCUUUGUGUUGGAAUUUUCACAUUACGUUGCUGUGGAAAUUCUGAAAUUCACAAAAGCAUGAAGACAGAUGAAAUGGAUUAUGGCUGGAUCCCCACUGUAACAUUAAAGGAGACCGAACAGGAGUCAAAUUCAUUCUAAUUGUAGCUUAAUCAGCUCAGCUUUAAGAUUUGUGUAAAGAACUGUGUACAUUUCAGGAAUGUUAAUUUGAAAAGGUUGCUCAUUAGUCAGCAUUUUUGUUGACAACCGUGCUUUAUUUUACUCUUCCUCAUUCACACUUUGGAAAGAGAAGUGUGAUUUCACAAAGAAUAAAUGGAGUUGCACAGUC